AUGUCUAACCAACCUGAAUCCCGAUCCCGAUCCCGAUUUCGAUAUGAAUCGCCUCCCCCUACUCGAACGGUAACACACCAACUCAAGCAGCUGAGACGACAUGCAAUGUGGGCUCUGGAGGAUAUGUUUCACGAGACAUCUACUAUUCACCGCGUUCUUCUCAGCUACACGGUAGCAGUUAGCAUGGUUGUUGAGUAUCUAAGACUAGACGAUGCGGACUCUCUUCUGUCUAUCUCGCUAGGAGUGGUCCGGCUCGCCGUUGUAAUCGACUGCAUCUUGAUCAUCACUCAUCAUCUUAUGCGUCUGUCGGUAUCAAAUCGGACGCUGGCAGUCAUCGCAUCACAGAUGCCUUUUGUUACCGGACCACUUGCCGAGUUUGAGCUCACGAGAUUGCUGCUCAAAGAGAACGCGACUGUCACGGCCAAUACAUUCCUGGUUGGAUGUGUUUAUGCGAAGCCAUUAGUAGCAGGGGCGCUUUGCUUUGCCCUCUACAACCUCCAUACUGGAGGACCUGGGAUGCAGUCAUACACCAAUAUUCUUAUGAAUGUGUCUAAAGUUUUUCUUCGAAGUGGGGCCUUGAUCGCGCUCUUCACACAUGCAGUCAAGCUUGAGUCGCUGCCACUGCUAAGGGCUGCUGCAGGAGACAGCCCGUGGCUAUCUCGGGGGGUUCCUGUCCUCUUUCUCUUGUCCGCCGGUUUCACUUGCUAUUUUUGGUACUGGCAUGCGGAAAGGUACCGAGACACAGUAAGCAAGAGGUACAACACUCACAGCGAUGUUGAGUGGGUGGUACUGCUAGUCAGCUUGGUCGCGCUGAAGAUCGUGGCCGCUCAUCUGGUAUACAACCUAUGGAAACAGAUGCGAGAUGCGGCAUGGAUGGCGGACCAACCCAUUUUUGCGAGCAGAUCUUUCGUUCAGUUUGCCAUUCUUCCUCUCGCGGUGACUACUGUGGACCAUCUUGCGGACGUUAGCCUUGCCUACCGUGGUGACAUGUACUGGCCGUGGGCGAGCCUCUGUCAGUCCACUUUGCAGACGUUCUUUUUCAUCAGGCCAUUAUUCACGCUCGUGGGCCACGACCUGAACCCUCAGAGCGGUCGCAUUGGUAUCGCACUGUGCUUUCUCAGUAUUGCGCUGUGGUUGUCGCUGCCGGCUCAUUCACGUAAGUCCUCGCUACAAGACAACUGA